AUGGAAGACGAAAAUGAUAAUAACAAGCUAAAGAGGAAAAAAAAACAUACAACACAAUUAUAUAAAGAUGUACUCAAUACACAGUGGCCUAUCAUAUACACACCAGAAUACAACAUUAGUUUUAUGGGCCUUGAAAAGCUUCAUCCAUUUGAUUCAGCUAAAUGGGGAAGAGUUUUUGAAUUUUUAAAAGGUAGUACUGUAUUUUAUCAUAUUUAUAAUUAUAAUGUAGAAGCUCAAAUGGUAAGAGAUGAUACAAUAAUAAAACCACUUGAAGCCACAGAAGAAGAUUUAAAUUUCGUUCAUAGUAAAACAUAUCUAAACAGUUUAAAGUGGAGUUGGAAUGUUGCUGGUAUAACAGAAGUACCUCCUGUAGCCUUAUUACCAAAUUUUGUUGUCCAAAAAAAGGUUUUACGUCCAUUUCGUUAUCAAACUGGUGGAACAAUCCUGGCUGGUAAAUUAGCUCUAGAUAGAGGUUGGUGUAUUAAUAUUGGUGGUGGAUUUCAUCAUUGUUCAGCUGAGAGAGGGGGAGGAUUCUGUGCCUAUGCCGAUAUUACUCUAUCUAUUAAGUUUCUAUUUGAGAAAGUAGAAGGUGUUUCCAAGGUGAUGAUUGUAGAUCUUGAUGCUCAUCAGGGUAAUGGACAUGAGAGAGAUUUUAUGAAUGAUAAUAGAGUAUAUAUAAUGGAUGUAUAUAAUAGAGGUAUUUAUCCUCAUGAUGGCUUUGCUAAACGUGCAAUUAAAAGAAAAAUAGAGUUACAACAUUUUACUGAUGAUGAUGUCUAUUUAGAUCUAGUGAGAAGACAUAUUGAAGGAGCGUUAAAUGAGUUUAAACCAGAUAUUAUAGUAUAUAAUGCUGGUACUGAUAUAUUAGAUGGUGAUCCACUUGGUAAUUUAUCUAUUACACCACAGGGUAUUAUUGAAAGAGAUCAGAUAGUAUUUCAGAAAGCUAGAACACGUGGUAUACCAAUAUUUAUGGUAACAAGUGGUGGAUAUUUAAAACAAACAGCUAGAAUUAUAGCUGAUUCAAUACUCAAUCUUAAAACAUUAGGUUUAAUCAGUUGGGAUGAGGCAGAGUUUGCUCCCCUUCCUGAAGAAAUUAGUCUGCCUAGAAGUCAAAGCGAUGGAGGGUUAUUUGCCAAAAUGAAACGAGCCUGUAUAUCACGAUCAUCAACACAAGACUUUAAUCAAAUAAACAACGAUAUAUCUCCUACGUCACCUGAUAAACCACAAAUUGAAAAUGGAUGA